AUGGUUAACCGCAACUCUGACCUUCCCAAGGUAGCGCUUGUCACCGGUGCAAAUGGCAUCAGCGGGCAUGCCAUUGUUGAACACCUGAUUCGGAGACCAGAUACCGAAUGGUCCAAGAUUAUCGUGACGUCGCGCAGCCAGCUGCAAAGCUACUGGGUUGACCCUCGUGUCGAAUUUAUCGCACUGGACUUUCUGGAACCAAAGGAAACCAUCGUGCGAAAGAUGAAAGCUAUCUGCAGUGAUGUUACACACGCCUACUUUACUUCAUACAUCCAUAACAACGACUUCUUCAAGCUUGCCGAGAAGAACUGUCCCUUGUUUCGAAACUUUCUGGAAGCCAUUGACACAGUGUGCCCCAGUUUGGAGCGCGUUUGUCUUCAGACUGGAGGAAAGCACUAUGGAGUGCAAUUCCAAGAGUCCAAUACACUCCUUCACGAGGAUCUUCCUCGGUAUUGCGGGCCCGGCUCGGAAUCAAUCUUCUACUAUCAGCAAGAGGAUGAUCUCUUCGAGAUCCAGAAACGAAGAAACACCUGGCACUACAACAUUAUUCGCCCUUUUGGUAUCGUCGGGUUUACUCCUCAAUUCGCUGGAAUGAACGAAGCCGUCCCAAUAGCCCAGUACUUCCUCAUCUGCCGCGAGCUUGGCGAAGAGCCGAAGUGGCCAGGAAGCCUCAACACCUACCACUCUCCUCAGGGCAUGUCUUACUCCCCAGGCAUCGCAGAUCUGACUAUCUUCGCUACGACUCGCGACCACUGCAAAGACGAAGCGUUCAACCACGUCAACGGCGAUGUUUUGGUCAGCAAGUUUCUCUGGCAACGACUUGGAGAGCACUUCAACAUGCACGCUCCCAACUAUUCUUCUGUGCUAGACGAAAAGAAGUCCCAGGUCGACUUGGGGGAGUGGGCCAAGGAUAAAGUCCCAGUCUGGGAACGCAUUGUUGCCAAAUACGGCGGAAGGGUGGAUUCCUUCCGAAUCGACGCAUUUGAGAUGAUGAACUGGUUUUUCAAUCCUAAUUGUGAUGUUAUAACCCCUUAUGUGGGCUCGAUAAAUAAGGCGCGGAAGGCUGGCUGGGGACGUGUUGAUGAUUCCUACGAUAUUUGGGCCCUAACUUUGCAGUCCUAUGAGAACGCCGGGGUCUUACCAAACCAUCGUCAGUUCCAUGAGAACUGA